GAGCGUGUUGUUGACACCGCCCCUCCAGAGAGAGGGUGCAAGGCGGGCGUUCCUGUCACAACCCGACUGCGGUUCUCUUCUGCUCGCUGUAAACACAUCUCCACGGCGACACCAUGUACGGAAUAGAAAGCGCCUCCGAGGAGCGGCACCUAUGUGUUUUGCCAGCGGUACGGACGAUAACCAUGUAAACGACCCCGAGGGGCGCCUAGCUACGCUUCCACCUCUUUAUUCGGCCUCGUGCUUCACCUGUAAUUAUUUAGUCGAUGCAGUUGCAACUGUCUAAACGACUGUUGUGCUAGCGGUCCCUGGUGAGCUAAGCGUCGAGCUAACCUGCCGAGCGUGGAGCCAGACCAGCGGGCUGCAGAGAGAAGCUAAACAUGGCAUCGGCCGCCGAACACGACCUGGCUCUCUCCGAGGCCGACAACAGCAAGGAUAAAUCUCAGGUGUUCGGGAUAUUAAGGUUACAGGAGGAGAAAUCCAACGUAGGGGAAAAACCUGUCCCCUCCGUGAGGGGGGGCGGAUGUGGAGGUGGGAGUGGAGGUGGAGGAGAUGGACGAUGGCAGGCUCCCAUCUUCGCGUUAGCCAGGAAAGCCUCCGAAACCAUUUCAGGGAGCAUUCAUGUCCUACCUAAAGUGUCGGAGAACCGAGCAUCCAUGUCUGGUGACUGGAACGUUCAAGCUCUGCGGGAUCCCAUGUCCAUGGAGCGAGCCAACUUGCUCAACAUGGCGAAACUGAGUAUUAAAGGUUUAAUUGAGUCUGCGCUGAGCUUUGGAAGAACGUUGGACUCAGAUUACCCACCUCUGCAGCAGUUCUUCGUUGUCAUGGAGCACUGCCUCAAACAUGGUUUGCGAGUGAAAAAGUCGUUUCUGGGAUUCAAUAAGUCACUUUGGGGUCCUCUGGAGUUGGUGGAAAAAUUGUGUCCAGAAGCGGGAGAGAUUUCAGCCUCUGUACGAGAUCUACCGGGACUCAAAACUCCUUUAGGUCGGGCCAGGGCGUGGUUGCGACUGGCCCUCAUGCAGAAGCGGCUGGCCGACUAUCUGCGACUGCUUAUUACAAGAAAAGACCUACUAAGUGAUUUCUACGAGAAUUCCGCACUGAUGCUGGAGGAAGAAGGUGCCGUGAUCGUUGGCCUGCUGGUCGGCCUGAACGUCAUUGACGCCAACCUGUGUGUCAAAGGUGAAGACCUGGACUCUCAGGUCGGGGUGAUUGACUUCUCCAUGUAUUUAAAGAACGACAUUGAUGAUUACAGGAGCGAAGAGAGGAACAGUCAGAUCGCCUCCAUCUUGGAUCAGAAAAACUAUGUGGAAGAGCUUAAUCGGCAACUGAAUUCUACUGUUCAUGGACUUCAGGGCAGAGUGGACUCUCUGGAAAAGUCCAACUCAAAACUUGUUGAGGAAUUAGCUAUAGCCAAAAACAACAUCAUCAAACUGCAGGAGGAAAACCAGCAACUAAGGAGUGAAAACAGUCUCAUUCUUCUCAAGGCACAACAGCAUUUAGAGGUGUCUCAAGGUGAUGUGUCAAUGGAGCGAGACACGUACAAACAGUCUCGUCAAGGUUUGGAUGAGAUGUACAAUGAGGCGCAAAGACAGUUGAAGGAGGAGUGUCAGCUCAGACAGGAUGUGGAGAAUGAACUUGUAGUUCAGGUGUCAAUGAAGCAGGAAAUGGAGCUGGCCAUGAAACUUCUCGAGAAAGAUAUUCAUGAAAAACAGGACACGCUGAUUGGUCUCAGACAUCAACUGGAUGAAGUCAAAGCCAUCAAUGUCGAGAUGUACCAGAAGAUGCAGUCAUCUGAUGACGAGAUGAAGAAGAAAAACAACAUGAUCAGUCGUCUCGAGGAGAAAACCAAUCAGAUCACUGCCACCAUGAAGCAGCUGGAGCAGAGAUUACAGGAGGCCGAGAGCCACCGUACCACGGCAGAGGAGGGCACCAGGCGCUUCAAGAUGGACUUUGCCAACAAGGCCGACAGCCUGCAGCGGCAGAUCGACCUCAGAGAAAAACAACUGCUGCAGCUAGAGACCGACCUGAAGAUCGAGCGGGAAUGGAGGCAAACGCUGCAGAACGAUCUGCACCGAGAGAGAGAAACGGUGGCUCAGCUCAGGACACAGGCGCUGCAAAUCAACGGGCUCAAGAUGGAGUUCCAUCGCCUACAAGAUGAGAACUUCCAGCUGAAGAGCAUCUGUGAAGACCAAGAACAAGCUCUAGAGGAGCUAGGCUCAAAACUUAGCGAAUCCAAAAUGAAGAUUGAGGACAUAAAAGAAGCCAACAAAGCUCUUCAGGGUGGGCAGGUGUGGUUAAAAGAUAAGGAAGCCAGCCACUGCAAGCUGUGUGAUAAGGAGUUCUCCAUCUCAAGGCGCAAACAUCACUGCAGGAAUUGCGGCGAGAUCUUCUGCAACAGCUGCUCCGACAAUGAACUUCCCCUCCCCGCGUCGCCUAAACCAGUGCGAGUGUGUGACACCUGCCACGCCCUCCUCCUGCAAAGAUGCUCAUCUAAUCCCACCUGAGUUAUCACAUCUACCUCCGCUCAUCAUGCGUCUGCAAGGUCCAUCUCUUUAACGUUGCUCCGUACUUAUUGUGCAUGCACAUUUUGGAUAUACUGGAUUCAUUUGGAAUUUCAGACGAGACACACAGUUUUUCCUCAAAUGGUGGCCUCCGCUGUAAUAGCGCAGGGUGCGCAGAUCACAUUAAAGCGCACCUCCUGCACUUGGAGGCAUUGUGUCUGUAAAGCUUUUGUUUAAAGUGGAGUUUUAAACACAAACGUGGUGCUAAACAUUUCAUCAUUGACUUGAAAGGAAUUGGGGAGGAAACGCUGUCUGAAGGCUGGAUUGAAAACGAGCCAGCAGAUGGAAAUGAAGUGUUGCAGAUACUAAAGUCAAAUCCAGAUCUAUUCAUCCUAGCGUUCAAUGAACCUGAAAUGCAUGUUUUUGAAAUGUGGGAGGAAUGCUAAAAUAGCCAGAAAAACAAGUAAACGAUAACAGCAGAUUUGGGUAAUAAUGUGUUCCUGGUACUCGAGUAAGACACUAUACGAGGAAAUACGGUAUAUUGUCUAUCAAUACAUAAGUCUAAUGACAUAAGUGCCACAGUAAUUGAAAUUUUCUUUUACCAAACAAAAAAAAACAACAACAAUUCAACAGUUUUUGAAUUUCUAGGACCUGAAUAAGCACAUUUCUUUAUAAUACUAAAAUGUCAAAAAUGACUUGGUCAAUGAUGUCGUGAUGACACAUCGAGAGUAUUACAAAUUCAUGUGAUGAGAUGCUCCACUGAAUGUGGCUGCUUAUGUGUUCGAAUCAUUCUGUGGCUCAAAAGAUGACAACUUUACACUAAAAGCACUAAAGAGUAUAUGACUGAAUCAGUAAGUGCCACUUUGUGAUAUACUGUAGGCCAAACUUGUUUAACUGUCACUAGCCCAUAGAAGGCUGCUGCUCAUGUUCAGUGUUAGUUUCACUCGAGCUAAUGCAAAUGCUUACAGUGCCAAAACAAAAAUGUGUAUUCACACUUGUAGAGAAAAAAGCCCCAUUUGGAAUGCUAUCAAGUCCAACGGCAAGCUAAAAUUUACAGCACGUCGUUGGAGGUUUGAGGCAAAAAUGUUGUUGAUGUUGCUUGAAAAGACUGAGUUUGAACAUACAUUUUGUUAUGUUGACCGAUUCUAGGCCAACUAGAUCAUUUAUCUCUUGGUCUUAUUUUUAAUGCAUUGUCAAGUCUACAGACUCAAUGGCACAUUCUGGGUUUUGCACUUAAUGGCAACUGAAGUUGUCAAUUUUUUUCUUCUAAUUUAUUCGUGUUUCAGGAUAACACUUGAUACGUAAUAUAAUCAAAUUCUGAUUAUCAUCCAGUCCUCAUUUUAUACAAUUUUUCUCUUAUUAUACGAGUCCCAUUCCUCAAGAGAAUGUGUACAGUUUUUGUUAUUGUUUAUAUUGUUAAUCAAAAUGAAUUUUAUCACAGCAUUGAUUGCCAACAGUACACGUAAUUGACUGGAGCAGUUUUGAUUAAAUGAAAUUUAUGAACUUGAUCCUUUCAUGGAAUUUUUGUCACGUUCUCCACAUACAACUACAAGCAAUCACACCAUCAAACAAUAGAUAAUCGUUUAAUAAAAAUAAAAAAAAAUAGGCAAAAUGUACAACAGCUGCAAUAAACUUAAGUUCUCAACACAUUGGUUGCCAGUGACGGUGAGAUCUCCAACCCAUUUAGACUGCGAGGGAGUUCAAAUGGAUUGGAUAACGUUCCAUCAAUGGAAGUGAAUGAAUUAAGAUAUUGAAACGCAGGUUCACAUUUUAACUUAGGUAUGUGGGAAUACGCCUCCACUAUGUUUCAUAAGUUAACAAAUUUGCAAUUUUUAAGAACGUGUAUUGGCUUCCAAUUUGACCAAAUGGUUCCAGUUGACAGUGGCUGUUCUAAACAAUGCAGCACACAUUAAAUCUUUUUGGUUUUGAGCAAUUUCCUCUGCAAACACAAAAAAAAGUUCUUUUCAUAUCAGACUGGUAAAAACACCCAGCUUCUUCCUCUCGAGUCACAACUGGAUAACUAAAUGUCAUUUACUGUAUUUUUGUUUCUAAAUAAGCAAGAAAGGUAAAAGAGUGGAACGCCACAACAAGAGACGUCAGAUCAGCUUGACAACAAAACAGAGAGAAAGCAAGUAAUGACAUCAGUAGGCGCUUCGAAGCCCGCUGCUCCGGGAGCCUCCUCCUGAGUUUCCAUAGAAACCCCCGCGACCUAAAGAAUGCAAAUAAAAUCUGUAAUAAUUUUUUUUUUCAAGAGAAUCAACAUGAAAUUUGACGGACACGCACUCAUUUCAGCUCCGCUGGCUGUCGAGUUGAGAAAGAGCUCAAUGUAGCGGUGUUCUACGGGACGAGAAAAAUAGAAAACUCACCAAAUGGACGACACUUUUUUCUUCAAUAAUGCAUACUUUCGUCUCAUAACAUCGCAAGAUACCAGACAUCAAACGUACGCAUGUGGUUCUUGUCUUUGGACAUGGCGGCCACGGCGUCCUCGUGGCAGCGGAACUCCACGUCGGCCUCUCCCGUCAGCUUGCCGUUGUGAGUGACGUCGAUGUGGACUCUCAUUGGGUUCAAAGGGGAGAAGAACUGCAACGGGAUCGGUUCGUGUCAAACGCGCACUGGAAAAAUGGCGAUUUUACGGGCUGCGUUCUGACUUCAGCGAUGUCCAUCUCGUUGGUGCGGAAAGGCAAGCCCCUCAUGUGGACAAAAUGGCCGCCGUUGUAAUUUGAGCCUACUUCACUUUGACGACUGUAACUGUGGCCUAGCGACAGAGAGCCCUGGAAGUUACUGAUUAUGUUUCAGCGCCGUCAAUGGCAGCCAUCGAGUUGUAGAUAUUACCUCUGGAUCCUCGCUCUUCUCUUAUGCGCUCAUCAAACAGGCAGUUUCCAAAGCCGUAGUUGUUCAAUCCAUUGUAGCUGUCGUAACUGUGUCCAUAACCUGGAAACGCACACUCAGAUUAAUUAGAGAAAAAUCUGCCAUCCACACAAGUGAUAUCUCGACCGCUCACCCCUCCCGUAGCCCCCAACGCUCCUCAUGGAGUCCAUGAGCGAACCGCAGCGACUGGGACCGGAGGAAAAGUAUCCCCCCCUGGGUCCUUCCAUCACGGGCCUGUCGUAAGGGCUCGGUCUCUGGCCCCCGAUCGCCCGCCGGGGCUCGUCAUAGUAGGAUCGGAUCUCCACGCGGCUACUCUUAAAGAUCUCUAUGUACCUGGCGGGGAGAGCGGUCCGCCGCGGUCAGCGAGGAGGGUUGUGGAAGCGGCUCGUGUCGGCCGGCUCACAUACACAGAAAGGUACACACAGAAAAGACAGAUGGCCUAAUAGUGGAGAAAGUAUCUUUAAAGUCACCUCGGACUGAUGAAACUGCCUCUACAAACCCAAUGCCCCCAUUACACAAAAAUGACUGGUCUAACAGUAAAUACUAAGAGCUGAACACACAUUGCUUACUGCUAGACAUUUCAUUAUAUAUGAAAGCCCCAAUUAAAAGUGAUUAUUCUAGCAGUCCCACCCCUUAUUGCUUAUAGAAUUUAAGGGAACCCAUCCCUCAGUACAUAGAGACUUUAAUAGAAGAAGCCCAGCCCAGUCCAGCCCAGCCCAGCCCGUCCCCUUCUGGUCCGUCCCACCUGUGCCCUAUUCUUUCCUUGUGUUUCCCCCGAGCCUUUUCUGCUAUCUCCUUUGAGGCAAACUGCACGAAGGCUUCCCCUGUGCUCCUCCCCUGGUAGUCCACUGGCAGAGUAAUCCCAUUCGGCACGAUUCUCAACCCUUCAACCCAAGCAAACAAAUGCGUAAGUCGGCAGGUAGGGAGACAACACCCGCUGGAGCUUUCACCUGAAGCGCUCCAAUUAGUACUGUAUACAUCUUGAACAUGACUGCAUUCAAACCAUAUAUCUGACAUGAGCGUGUUGGAUGGAAUAAGCCCACAAAGUGGGACGAAUGACACAACCGCUGGCCUGGAGUCAGCAAACGGCAACAUGGUGUACACCGAGCCACUUUCAAGCAUUUGGACUGAUUUUUCAAGGCCCACAAAAUAUUGAUUCUAGCUUUUUCGGUCAUCAAAAAGGAUUGUUUUUUCUUCAAAUAUCAAAAAUCCGUAUUUUAUAAGUCACACUUCUUUCCAUAAUUAGGCUGCAUUGAUACUUUUUUUUUUUUUUUUAGACUUUUUUUUUUUUUAACUGAAGGAGAUAGUACCUUUUCUCGAAGGCACCGUCUAACUGUCUGCAUUAUUCUAACACACUUAAUAUAAUCAAUUAGGGAAUAGUAUCAUUGCUCGUAUUUACUGUUUGACUGUAUUACUCUAACACACCCAAUAUAAAAUUAGCACUUAUACCAUAGUUUAAGGAAAACAAGCAAAAUAUAGGGCAUAAAAGAUACACAACGCCUUCCUAUCACGGAAGCCCAACGUGUGCAUCAUGCGCAAGACUGACACACCAACUCACGCAAUCAGUUCUGCCGGAUAGUCCAAAACAAAUGGCGGGACGCUCUGAGCACCGGAGAAUGUCAGAUAUCCGACUGAUAACAUGACUGACAAGACUCAGAGAGCCCCUUUGACACUGAGGUGGCAAAAUCCACAACCCUCGUUGCCCGGACAACAGUGACUCCCGAAUCCUCCAGUCCAAUCCACAAAGACAGUAAUCCCAAAGACACCCUUCUUCCUACCCACAUCCCGCCCCGCAAAAGCCUUCAAAAGACAAUGUUUAACUAAGGGUUGCCAUUUUUUCUCGGGAACCUUUUGUCGACUUCUGAUAUGGUGACCUUGGAACGAGUUUGCCUCCUCGCCUGAGUGUUUCUGUUUCGCCUUGCCGUUUUGAUCUCUGUCGACCUGAAUAAAUUGUCAACUUGUUCUCGGUGAGCCGUCUUUAAACCUUUCAAAAGUACAAAGGGUUAAGACUAAGGUGAACACACCGAGUUUGCCUUCCUGGAGUCUCACCAGCCCGGAUCGUUGGAUCUUCGCCUGCACGGGUCCGGCGGUUCGCCUGGCGCGAUUCCGGCGAUCUGGCUGGAAGGUCAGAAUUCCUUCAUAACUCAGGUGCAAAUUGUAGAUAGGGUGCGCCAUAAUUAACUAGAUAUCUUCUCUUGCUUGUAAUUUUGUUGAUACUGAUUAAUUUUUGCUACAUGACCCAAAAACGUGAUAAUCGCGUGUGAACACUAGAGCUGUCCCGACUAGUCGACAUAGUCGACGUCAUCGAUGACGUAAAUCCAUCGACAAGCACAACAUCCCGUCGACGGUUAAUGAAGGGUUAAAAAAAAUAUAUGCGUGGAAAGUUCAGAAUGUCGGAUGCUCUGUAUGCAAGCGGGGAAAGCAGCACAAAGCCAGAAAAAGCGCACCAGAGUGUCCAAAACAUUGACUUAUUUCAAAGAAACAACGGAGGGUACACUCUUCUGUCCUGUCUCCUCAAUGCCAAGCUUGGCUGCACGUCGGACGUGAAUAAACACCUCAAAUGCCGUCACCCAGUUUGUAAUUUUUUUUUUUUCAUUUUUUGUACACCAGAGGGUGCUGUCGCCUUACUGAAUAAUAAUGUUUCAUUGACAAUGGGUCUGUAAGUGCUAUUAGUAUUGUCCUUAAUGCUAACUGAAAGGUUUAUUUCAUGUUAUGGUUUAUUUUAUGUAUAAGGUUAAAAGGUCAUAAAUAUAUACAGUAUAUACAGUAAUUGCACUCAAGGGAGAGAUUGUCAAUGAUAAGGUAAUAAAUUAAGGUAAAGGCAAUUCAUUGAUAUAUAAAUAAGGUUUAAAAGGAAAAAGGUGAAAAGUUUUUGUUAAUUUCUAAUUGUGUUCUUUUAUUUGUGUGCACUGCAGCUCUUACGGUGUGAUUACAUCAAGGAUGGAAUAAAAGUUGUAAACCAUCAGUUUAAGAGACCACCUUUUCAAUCGGGAUGAUACACUAGUUAAUUCUAUCAGCAUUUGAACUCAUUGUUUAUUUGUGAUUUAUUAUUGUUAUUUACGUGUUUAUUUGUACUUUAAUAAAUAAUUUAAGUGUUCCAAUAUGUUUUUUGUGAAUUGAUAAGCGCCAACAAAAAUUUCAUUGCUAAAUUAGUAAACAAAAACCAAAAAAAAAAAAUUUUUUUUUUAGUUAUUAGAUUAGUCGACUAAUUGUAAAAAUAGUCGGCUGACUAAUCGGGAGAAAAUUAGUCGUUUGGGACAGCCCUAGUGAACACCAGGUCAUUGUUUUUUUUUUUUUAAGUUACCAAAAAAAGUCAUUUGCCCCAUCUUCAUUUACAAAAAAAAAAAAAAGCCUAGAGCUUACAGAAAAAAAACUAAGGACAGAUUUGUGUUCUGCACCCCAAAAUUUUGUAAGAAUAACUGUUCCUAUGCAAAAUGUGAUUUAUAGGUCAGCACGACUUAUGUAUAGGUUUUCUUCUUCAAUGAUGCAUUUUUUACAGUUGCGACUUAUGGUCCGAAAAAUUCAGUAAUUAUAAAAUUGGCAAAAACAUCACAAUGGUUCUGCUCUAAAUUGUGUUAAAUGCGUACAUAAAUCAUCAUAAAUCGAUCAAAGACCCUUAAAUGGAAUUGUGGAAGACUUUGUAAUAGCAGCAAAUAUCGUAUUUUUGUCCAAAGAAUCUAUCGUAUCGUGAAGGAACGGAACAUUUGUGGGGAUCCGUCAGGGUUCAAUUCAAUCCCAAGCCCCUUGAGGUUUACUAGGUACAUCGAGGAUUGUUACCAGCAGGAGAGCUGACCCCAGAUCAGUGUGUGUCAUUCAUUUCCCCCGACCCAAGAAAGCCCAGCCUAUUCCAUUGUUUUACAUAAACAUUCCAUUAUUUGUCAGCAACAUAGUAUGUUAUAAAAAGGUCAACAAACAAGAACAGACAUUGACACUUGUAUGCAAACAAAAAAAAUACUGCCAUAAAAACAUAAUAGAUUUUCUGUACUAGAAUUACUUUUGGCUUAAGUUGUUUAGAUAUACGUCAAGAAUUGUAAAGCAAAGCUACUGAGAGUAUAUUGUGUUUCAUACCUGAGAAGAACUGAACAAUUUCCUCUUUACUGCAACCAAAGGGCAGGCCUCUGAGUCUCAGCAUGCAGCCACUGGAGCUGUCAUAGUCAGCGGGCCCGCUCCGUUUCAGCACCCAGUCCAUCUCACUACGGUUUGACUUGAACACUAACAGACGCACAGACACACAGAAGAAAAGUGCUGCGAUCGAAUGGUUUUCACGGCCAAUGAUGGCAAAAAUGGGCCAGCUGCCUAACCCAAAAUGACCAAUCUUUAUUGGAAUAUAAAGAUGUUCCUUACCCUCAAUGUAGCGGUGCCCCAUGUAUUUACGAUCUUUACAUAGAGCAUUCUUGAAAUCAUCCGAUGUUUUUAGUUCAAUAAAGGCCUCUCCGCUGGGUCGGCCUUCUCUCGAGUAGGUGAAACACACGCCAUCGACUUUGCCAACGAUGUCACAGUCUGCACACAACACAUUUUAAAAGAGUAGCUCAAUCCCAGGCAUGGUCUUUGCCAAAGAAAACUGCACAUUCAUCCAUUUGUCGAUUACACCAUGUUCACAGAAAAAAAAAAAAUGUCCUGGCUUGUAAUCAAUUUAUGUGUUGUUUGGCUCCAAACUACCAUAUUUUCCGCACUAUAAGGCGUACCCUCAACAAAUGGCCUAUUUUAAAACUGUUUUCAAAUAUAGGACGCACCGUACUAUAGGGCACAAUAGUAGCAGUGAUUGGGGUUACAUAAUGCAUCCAUUAGAUAAAGCUGCGCUAAAGAUAAUGUCAUGCCAUGAUUAACCAAUAUUUACCCAUAUUUAAGGCGCAUCGGAUUAUAAAGCGAACUGUCGGCUUUGAGAAAAUUGAAGGCUUUUAGGUGCGCCUUAUAGUGAAGAAAAUAUGGCAAGUGAACUAAAGUGCCACUAAUACGGUAAAAGUUUGGUUUUGCUAAAAUUGGAGACUAUAUUCAAAAUUUCCAAUUUUACGUCCUAGUUAUGCGGAAAAUAUUGUCAAUGUCAAAUGUCAUUUAUUCGUGUUUCAGGUCAAACUAAGUCUAUAAAAUAAGGAGGAAAAUGUACACACACAAACACACACACACACACAAAGACAAAACAACUGUUGUGUUUGAUAGAACAAUAUGUCUAUAUGCUGCCAUAGCAGAUUCAUGGCGCAUUAAGCCCCCGAACUAUUUUUAAUUUUUCCGUUUUACCCUGAAACAACCGUUUUUGUUUCAACCCAGCCAUAAAACGAAGGUAAUUAUUUAAAUGUAUUCAAAACGUCUGUCGUUUUUCCACUUAGAAUCAUUAACUGAUGUGUCAUAUUUCGUUUAAAAAAAAAAAAAAGACUUUAAAAAAUUAUUCAGUUGCAUAACUUUUAAACAAAUUGUGUCACAAUAAAAAAAAUGGCGUCUGUAAAAAAGUCAUGGAUAUCUACCUCAUAACUAUCGCUUAAUUGUAUUUUUUUUCGUUACUGUCGCAUUUUCUCCGAUAUGUUAGAUGAUAAAUAAUCGAUCCAAACAAAAAAAAAAAAGGAAAAAAAAAACGUUUAAAAGGCUAAAUAUAUGAAAAAGAAAAUCUCUGAAAAUUUCUGCAUCGCGACUCGUUAUAUUACCAUGUUUCGCCCAUAAAAUCCCACAAAACUCCAGCUGUGGCCAUUCACAGCUGUGUCUUGACACUCAGUGAUACAUGCUACAUGGAGUUUUUGGAUCGAAACAAGGUAAGUAUGCGAUAAUAUCUCGUUAAAGUCAUGGCAUCUGUAAUUCUGCUCUCGCGCGCUCUCACCUCCAGAUAGGGUUUUGCUGUUUAAUUUUUUUUUUUUUUUUUUUUUUAAUGCCCCCAUGUUCAAAAUUGUUCUUUCCCCAGAAAAUUGAGAUUUAAAGCUUUCCAAUGAUGAUGACACAUGCAUAUCGGAUAAUUUUGAAAGCUGGCAAAAUUGGAGGUCUCAGAGCAGAACUUCAAGUCACCUGAGUGUUUUCCACCAUAUACAUAUAUAUAUAUAUAUAUAUAUAUAAGCAUUAGAAAAGUAUCGUAAAGAAAAGUGGAAAAUAGAAUAUCAAAGUUGUGACCAUCAACCUAUACUUUUUGGGGAACAAAAGUGUUUUUACAUAUCAAUACGACGAAACAGACUAGAACCCGGGAACAAAAUAUGUGUUACAUGGUGUUAUUACUGUAAUGAAUCGAAAUGAGAUAUUUGCUAAUAUCUCAUUUUGCUUUGGAGAAAAAAAAAAAAUUCAAGACUUAAGACCAUAAUGAAUCCAGUUUAAGACCCAUUUCACAUCGAUACCAGUAAAGUAAAAAAGACUGCAGCACAGGUAGGUCCGCUUAGUAGUUUCAACGUCCUCAAAAAUCGAAACAUUUAAAAGCGAGAUUGAAGUUCAUUCAUGUUCUAUGUAAAAGUAACGUCAAUAGAUUUUUAAGACCUUUCAAAUUCGUAUUUAAGACCUUUUGUGAUAUUUUAGGAGAAUCGUAGACACUUUAAGGCCUUAUAUUCAAAUCAGUGGAUUCAGGACAUUUUAAGACUUUUAUAGGAUACCCUGGCCAGUGUACAUUUCCACCCAAAAUGUACAUCCCAUGGUCAUAUAAAGUAAAUAACACAUGACAUAACACUUUCUUAACCUGUAUGAUCUCAAAUCAGGUAACGUGUGAAGCACGCAGUUUUCAAUAUUUGUAGUAGGGGGAACAAUUGUCGCGGCAUAGAAAAAUAUUCAGUAUACCAACAGGUCAAGUGCAGCCACCCAGCAGGUUUUUUGGUUUUUUUUUUUGCUGGCCUUUACUAUAACUGAUUAAAUUUUGAAAUAAAAAUUUUUCUAAACUUUACUUUCAAUCAAAGCAGGAGGUAAUAAAAUAAACAGAAGGCCAAUGCCCGACCGACACGCUUUGAGUACCUGAGAAGAAACUGGCCACCUCCUCCUGGGUGCAGGUCCAAGGAAGGCCUCUGAUCCGGACCACGUAACCUUCUUCAUUGGAAGACAUCUUCACUGGAAGCAUUAAAAAUGUAUUAUUAUUGAGCUGUUUAAGUCGUUGGCUGCCACUGACAACUGUGAACGUCCAAUUCAUUUAGAUUACGAGGACAGGGGAUUAAAUGGGUGAAACAUGGUAAUAUAACAACGGUCGCGAUGCAGAAAACGCAGACAUCAAGGAGUGGUCGAGAUUUUCAUUGUCAUAUAUUUACCUUUUUACACAUUCUUUUUAUUUUUCUUUGUUUGGAUCGAUUAUUUAUCAUCUGAAAUAUUGGAGAAAGUGCGACAGUGACGAAAAAAAAUACAAUUAAGCAAUAGUUAUGAGGUAGAUAUCCGUGACUUUUUUUACAGACACCAAUUUUUUCAUUGUGACGUAAUUUGUUUAAAAGUUUAAAAUAUGCAAGUGAAUAAUUUUUUAAAGCAGUUUUUAAAAUGAUAUAUUAAUGAUUCUAAGCUAAAAAUGACAGACAUUUCGAAUAAUAAAUACGAUUACUUAAAAUUCUUUUUUUUGGCUAGGUUGAAACAAAA